AUAGUAAAACCAUAGUGUAUUAAUUAUAGUCCGUAGUCGCUAGUAUUCCGAGUUCCUAAUUCUUCGGUUUUCGGUGUUUUCACUAAUCACUAAUUAAUUUAAUUUUAAUAUUUUUAAAUUUAAACACAAUAUUUAAAGUUUAAAAACCAUAACUAAGUAAAAUGUAAAUACAAAAUCAUUAUCAAGUCCUGUAGGCUGUAAUUUGUCAAUUGUUUUUACCUCUUAAUACUUUAUUUUACAAAAUGAGUUGCCUCCUUAGUAAAUUGUGCAGUAUUAAGUCAGCUGUUCAGCUACGGAAAUUAUCUGUGCCUGCUAAUACUCUCCUUGCGAGAAGAUCAUUCAAUCGGCCAAAUCAUAAUUUAAAGAGAUUUCAAAGUCAAUCAAAUUCUCUUUUAGGACCUUCUUUAUUUUGUAUAUCUGUUUGCACUGGUACAGUUGUGUUAGCAUCUAUUAUUCAAUAUGAGCGACUUCGUGUUAAGCAAAUCAAUACCUUUGAAUUUUAUAGAAAUGCUAUCAAAAAAAAAAAUGAGAGUCUUAUUUCUAAGUUAAAAAAUAGUUUUAACAAUCUAGAACCAUCAGAGAAAGUAUUUGGUACCAUACUUUUAUUAAAUGGCAUUGUUUUUCUCGCAUGGCAAAUACCUCGGUGGCAACAUGUCAUGAUCAAAUAUUUUAUGACUGAUGCACUUGCUAGAAAAAUUCCAGUGUCGUCACUUCUUCUAAGUGCAUUCAGUCACAGUUCUCCAGUACACUUCUGUUUCAAUAUGUAUGCUCUUCAUACAUUUUGUCGAGGUGUGAUCCAACCAUGGGGUGAUAUGGGCCCUGAAGAAUUCACUGCAAUGUAUAUAAGUGGUUGUGUUGUUUCAUCAUUAGCUAGUAUUAUGUUUAGACGAAGCUUUAAAUUUCCAGGAAAUAGUUUAGGUGCUUCUGGUGCUAUAUUAUCAGUUGUUGGAUACUUUUCAUUAUCGCAUCCUGAUCAAAAAUUGGGUAUAAUAUUUUUACCAAAUAUUCAAUUUGAUGCAAUUCAUGCAUUAACUGGCAUAAUAUCGUUAGACAUAAUGGGAUUAAUUUUGAGGUGGCAAAUGUUCGACCAUGCAGCUCAUUUAGGAGGAACAUUAUUUGGAAUAUUUUGGUACAAAUAUAUGUCAACAUAUGUAUGGGAUAAUCGAAAAUAUAUUGUAAAAAACUGGAUAACCUUAAAAAAAAUUAUUCAACAAGUCAAAGAUAAAUGAAAUAGAAAUAUUGUAAAUUUAUAAAUGUUUAAUGAUUUUUCUAUAAAAUGUUGUUAAUAAUAUUGUUUAACAAAUAAGAUAUUGAAUGUCAAAAAUGUUGUAAUUAAUAAUUUUGUUAAAUAAAUUGAUGAGAUUUUAAAUUUUGAA